GUGGAGGGGGGAGCAGUGCACGGUUUCAGGCUGGACAUCUGUCGCCUGUGAGAGCCCUGGGUGUCCCCGGGUCCACUGAAUGGAGCCAGUGACCCGUCAAUCCUGACUGAUGGGACCCCGUGUGUGGGAAAAUCCUGCCGGCAAAGAGCUCGAGCUUUCACAUGCUAAUCGUGGCCCUAUAAAUAAGAGGGUCUCGGCGCGCGGAGGGCCCUAGAGACACGCUGAAGUUCGGAGGGAGCAGGAGCCCCAGAAGCGCCGCAGACAUGACCGCCUCUGCAUCCCAGCCCACUGCUAAAGAAGAGAGGAAGCUGAGGAAGCCGCUUAUUGAGAGGAAACGACGGGAGAGGAUCAACAACUGUUUGGAUCAGCUGAAGGAAACGGUGAUUGGAGCCUUCAGACUGGAUCAAUCCAAACUGGAGAAGGCAGAUAUUCUGGAGAUGACAGUGAAACAUCUGCAGAACAUCCAGAACCAUAAACUGAAAGAUCCAGGUGCAGGCCUGGAGGCGCAGCAGAGGUACAGCACCGGGUACAUCCAGUGCAUGCACGAGGUCCACAACAUGCUCCUGACCUGCGACUGGAUGGACAAAACCCUGAGCUCCCGUCUGCUCAACCACCUCCUGAAGUCCCUGCCCAGGUCCAGCGAUGAGCUCACCCACCAGGACACCCCCCUCUCAUCUGGCCAAGGCACCCUGGGCACACCCCACCUGGGUGGGAGGAAGCACCAGAGGGAGGGAGCCACCUGCCACAAGGCUGGGCUGCAGGAGAGACUCCACAGCUCCCACCCCCACCUGGGGGUGCUGGAGAUGUGGAGACCCUGGUAGACCCCUGGAUCUUGCUGUCCCUUUUGUUAGACCCUCUGUUAUGUAUCUUAUAGAUAUGCUGCUCAGGAGACGUUCCAGUGAUUCUUACUGUAGUUGUGCUCUAAUGAUUCUACACAAACCUUUUCUCUGUACUUCUCUUAGGAAGUCACCUUCUUGUAGCCUGCUUUUAGAAGGCUCUUAUUAAUCUUUUACCUAUUUAUUGUAUUAACAACUUUAUUUAUUUCAGAAUGUAAGACGUGACUUUGCUUCUUCAGCGGCCUGCUUGGUGUUGCAUAGAUUUCUGUCUUCCUUCUUUGCCUAAUAUUUAACCUAAACAUUAAUAUUAAUAAAGUUUAUUACACAAAUUA